GGAGCACCCAGCUCAUAGAUCCUCUGCGGGGAGAGUGAAUUAAAAGUGUAAAGAGUGGACACCAUUUCCCAUUCGACAUGGAAUUUGGUCAUGAUCUGCUGUAGCAGCUCGCAAAACGACACAUGAGAGUACAGACCAAGCAGAACUCGGAGGAGCUAGGGGAAAGGACUUGAAUCUGAAAUAGUGUCGCAGUCAGUUCUGCUCUGUCCUGGGAAGUACAACAGGAAGAGAAACCUCCAGGGAAGAGAGAGAGGCAUCAGGCGCCGAAGGGGAGGGUCUGCGACAACCAGGAUGUUCUAACUGAAAACUUAAAGCAACAAAUAGUGACAGAACUAUUACUAUUGCAAAAUCCACCUGGGUGCUUGGAGGGCAGAGGAAAGAAUGAGCUAUUACGGCAGCAGCUAUCCGAUCGUAAAUGUGGACCCCAAAUACCCGGGCUACCCCCCAGAGCACAUCAUAGCGGAGAAGAGAAGAGCCAGGAGACGUCUGCUCCACAAAGAUGGUAGCUGCAAUGUGUACUUCAAGCACAUUUUUGGAGAAUGGGGGAGCUACGUGGUGGACAUUUUCACUACUCUUGUAGACACCAAGUGGCGCCAUAUGUUUGUGAUUUUCUCUUUAUCUUAUAUUCUCUCCUGGUUGAUAUUUGGCUCUAUCUUUUGGCUAAUUGCCUUUCAUCAUGGUGAUCUGUUAAAUGAUCCGGACAUCACGCCUUGUGUUGACAAUGUCCAUUCCUUCACGGGGGCGUUCUUAUUCUCCCUUGAGACCCAGACCACCAUAGGUUAUGGUUACCGCUGUGUCACCGAAGAAUGCUCCAUGGCAGUGCUCAUGGUGAUCCUUCAGUCCAUCCUGAGCUGCAUCAUAAACACCUUCAUCAUUGGAGCUGCCUUGGCUAAAAUGGCAACUGCUCGAAAGAGAGCCCAAACCAUUCGGUUUAGCUAUUUUGCACUCAUAGGCAUGAGAGAUGGGAAGCUUUGCCUCAUGUGGCGCAUUGGUGAUUUCCGACCCAACCACGUGGUGGAAGGCACAGUGAGAGCCCAACUUCUCCGCUACACAGAAGACAGUGAAGGGCGGAUGACAAUGGCAUUUAAGGACCUCAAGUUGGUCAAUGACCAGAUCAUCCUUGUCACACCAGUAACUAUCGUUCAUGAGAUUGACCACGAGAGCCCUCUGUAUGCCCUUGACCGAAAAGCAGUGGCCAAAGACAACUUUGAGAUUUUGGUGACAUUUAUCUAUACUGGUGAUUCCACGGGGACUUCCCACCAGUCCAGAAGCUCCUAUGUUCCCCGAGAAAUUCUCUGGGGCCAUAGGUUUAAUGACGUCCUGGAAGUUAAGAGAAAGUAUUACAAAGUGAACUGCUUACAGUUUGAGGGGAGCGUUGAAGUUUAUGCUCCCUUUUGCAGUGCCAAGCAACUGGACUGGAAAGACCAGCAGCUCCACAACAUGGAAAAAGCCCCCCCAGUCCGAGGAUCUGACACAUCGGACACCACGGUCAGAAGAAGGUCGUUUAGUGCGGUUGCCAUUGUCAGCAGUUGUGAAAACCCUGAGGAGACCCCCACGUCUGCCACGGAUGAGUGUAAGGAAGCCCCUUAUCAGAAAGCUGUCUUGACUCUAAAUAGAAUCUCCGUUGAAUCCCAAAUGUAGUUCAAGUUGUGAUGACAGGG